AUGUUUAAGGUUGAGAGAAAAUGGACGAAUCGUGAACGUGUAUUAGUGUUUUGUUCGCGCGGUGCAUCAUUUCGUGUUCGUCAUCUGAUGAAUGAUUUGAAAUCGUUGAUGCCGCAUUCGAGAGGUGAAUCGAAAUUGGACAAACAGACGAAUUUGCCGAUGAUCAACGAAAUCGCUGAGAUGGCCAAUUGCACUAAAUGUCUUUACUUCGAAAAUCGUAAACAAAAGGAUUUGUAUUUAUGGAUGUCAAAUGUAGUCGAUGGGCCGUCAAUGAAAUUUUUGGUGCAUAAUGUGCACACAAUGGAUGAAUUGCGCAUGUCCGGUAAUUGCCUGAAAGCGUCACGACCAGUUCUAUCAUUCGAUGCCAUCUUUGAUACUCAACCUUAUUUGACUCUUAUUAAAAACCUUAUCAAGCAGACGUUCGCCACACCAGACCAUCAUCCCCGAAGUCAGCCAUUCAUUGACCACGUCUUUUCAUUCUCACUCACUCCAGACCAUAAAAUCUGGUUUCGCAAUUUUCAAAUUGUUGAUGAAUCGUUGCAGCUUCAAGAAAUUGGACCUCGAAUGGUACUCGAGUUGAUACGCAUAUUUGAGGGUUCAUUCGAAGGUGCGGUCUUAUACGAUAACCCAGAUUACGUCAGUCCGAAUAUUGUACGAAGACAGCUGAAAAAAACGGGUGCUGAUAAAUACGUUCAGAGGAAAAUCGUUGAGCAGGGUCGAAAGGAACGACUGGAAGCUAUCAAAGCCGUUCAACUACCAGAUCCAGUCGGAGAGAUAUUCGACACCAGUCGACCAAUCUUGGACCCGGAUGCGAAACAAGUGAAGAAAUUGAUUGAGAGAAAACGAAAACGAAUCAAGAAAAAGAAACGCUUAGGUGAUAAAAAAGCAGAGUAA